AUGUCGCGAAAGGGUGAAAAAAGUGAGACAACCAAAAGAAGAAAAAAACGAAGAAGAAAUAGAACAAAGUUAAGUAUUCGCCCCAAAGAGUUACACGAAAAGCGUAGACAUCCAUGUUUUUUUAAUGCUCGGUUCCCAUCAUGCCACGACAGGCAACAUAGUAUAAAAACACGCGUUCUUUUCUUGUCAUCUUGA